UUCUAGUGAUUCAGUAAUGAAUGGAUGCAUUUGCAGUUGUUCUUCACGCAGUCGGAGUAGCUGGAUACCUCUCGAUUUUCUUUCGACCGAGAUUAUCCGUAAUUCAUUUGUUCUCUAAACCAGGACAGUGUUUUUGUAACUAUUGCAUUGCAAUGACGGGACUUCAAAAGAGGUGCUUCGUUUUCUUUCUAAUUUGGCAAACCGUGAAUGGGGACGCUAGCUACUCCUUCCAAGAGGAAUUGAAGCGCGGAGCUGUUUUGGGAAAUAUUGCUAAGGACCUCAACCUGGACUCGCUCCAACUGUCUGGUAGAAAUGCUCGUGUUGAUGCCGCAGGAAAUCGCAAGCGUUAUUGUGACAUCAAUAUCAGCACAGGAGAUUUAAUUGUUGCCGACAGGAUUGACAGAGAGGAGCUUUGUGGAGAAAAGAUGUCGUGUGUGAUAAAACGCGACCUUGUUCUGGAGAAUCCACUGGAACUACAUGCUUUCAGUCUACACAUUCAGGAUAUUAAUGAUAACUCGCCACUAUUUAAUGAAGAAUCGGUAAAUAUCGAAAUUCGAGAGUCGGCAGGGAGGGGAGCUCGUUUUGUGAUCGAAGAGGCGCACGAUGUGGAUAUAGGACAGAAUUCAGUUCAGCAUUACAAUCUCAAAAAGAAUGACAAUUUUAUUUUAGCAGUUGAGGGAAAUACAUUAGAGCUUGUUCUGGAAAAAGAGCUUGAUCGUGAAAAACAACAAGGGAUCCAAUUGCUCCUCACAGCUUUCGAUGGAGGUUCUCCUCAGAGAUCAGGUACUGUCGUCAUACACGUCACUGUACUGGAUGCUAAUGAUAACGCCCCAGUGUUUAGUCAGGCCGUUUAUAAAGCCAGUCUGCCUGAAAACUCUCCUCCUGACACUGUAGUGGUAACAGUGAGUGCUAGUGACGCAGACGAGGGAGUGAAUGGCGAUGUCACUUAUGAUUUUGGACACGUUUCCGAUGAGGUAAAAAGAAUAUUUAGUAUUGAUCGUAAAAAAGGAAAUAUCAUAGUGAACCAUGCUAUUGACUUUGAAACUGUAACAGAAUAUGAUUUGCGUAUUAAAGCAAAGGAUGGAUUGGGAUUAUCGUCAUACUCAAAGGUGAUAAUUGAAAUCAAAGAUGUAAAUGACAACAUACCAGUAAUAUAUGUGAACUCAUUGGCAAAAGCGGUUCCUGAAGACGUGUCACCUGGUACAGAGGUGGGCGUCGUGAACGUGCAGGAUGCCGAUUCAAAUAACAACCAAAAGGUCCGCUGCUACAUUACACAAAACGUCCCUUUUAAGUUGGUUCCUUCUCUCAAAAACUAUUAUUCUCUAGUGACCACAGGACAACUGGACCGUGAACUAGAGUCUGAAUACAACAUUACAAUCACUGCCACUGAUGAGGGCUCUCCACCUCUGUCCUCCUCUAAAACUGUUCAGUUGUCUGUAGCAGACAUCAACGACAACCCACCUGUGUUUGAGGAACAAUCCUACAGCGCUUAUGUGACUGAAAAUAACAAAGCUGGCUCCACUUUAUGUUCCGUUGCCGCUCGAGACCCCGACUGGAGACAAAACGGUACCGUGAUUUAUUCUCUGUUAACCGGUGAGGUGAACGGUGCCCCAGUGCCCUCCUAUCUGUCUGUUAACGGAGACACGGGGGUGAUCCACGCUGUGAGGUCGUUUGAUUAUGAGCAGUUCAGGAGCUUUAAAGUCCACCUGAUGGCCAGAGACAACGGGUCUCCUCCGCUCAGCAGCAACGUGACGGUCAGUGUGUUCGUAUCGGAUGUGAACGACAACUCUCCUCAGAUACUGUACCCCAACCCGGAGGGAAACUCCUUCAUGGCCGAGCUGGUCCCCAAAGCUGCGCACGGAGGCUCUCUGGUGUCCAAAGUGAUCGCGGUGGACGCGGACUCCGGACAGAAUGCCUGGCUGUCCUAUCAUAUAGUCAAAUCCACUGAUCCGGGACUUUUCACUAUCGGUCUCCACAGCGGAGAGAUCAGGACUCAGCGGGACAUUUCUGAAUCUGACAGCAUGAAGCAGAACCUCAUUGUGUCGGUGAAAGAUAACGGACAGCCCUCUCUCUCUGCCACCUGUUCCAUGUAUUUACUUAUUUCUGAUAACUUGGCUGAGGUGCCAGAACUGAAGGAUAUUUCUUAUGACGAGAAGAACUCCAAACUGACCUCUUAUCUGAUCAUCGCGCUGGUGUCCGUGUCCACCUUUUUUGUGACCUUCAUCAUCAUCAUCCUCGGUGUGAGGUUUUGUCGCAGGAGAAAGCCCAGACUGUUGUUUGAUGGAGCAGUUGCCAUCCCCAGCGCGUAUCUCCCUCCUAAUUACGCAGACGUGGACGGAACAGGGACUUUACGCAGCACUUACAAUUAUGACGCGUACCUGACAACAGGUUCAAGAACCAGUGACUUUAAGUUCGUGUCAUCUUACAAUGACAGCACUCUGCCUGCUGACCAGACUCUGAGGAAAAGUCCAUCAGACUUUGUGGAUGCCUUUGGAGAUUGUGAUGAUUCUCCUGAGGUAGGAACAUAUUAUAUCUCCUUGUGCGGAAGUGUAAUUAAUUACUUUUUUUCUUGA